GACCUCGUCUCUAGAUACGGCACGCCCUUGUUCCUCGUCGCAGAGCUCUACAACAACCCACCACAAGUGGACACACAGCCGGUUUCGAGUGCUUUUGUGCCCCCCCGCCCCCGACAUACUUUUUUGGUGUUACCUCCCUUAUUUUUUUCGCGUCCUCUGCCACUCCCACGCGAAAGCCCCACCCUGAGAGAUGUCGAGGCCGAGUUCGAAUUGUGA